AUGGCGCCGCCGCUGCUGCUCCUGGCCGCGCUCUGGGCCGCCGGGCGCGCCGAGCCCGAGGACGCGAACCGCAGCCUGAGCCUGGCCGUGGUGCUGCCGGAGCGCAACGUGAGCUACCCGUGGGCCUGGCCGCGCGUGGGCCCCGCCAUCCGCCUGGCGCUCGAGGCGCUGGAGCGCGGCGACCCCCCGCUGCUGCCCGGCCCGCUCGCCGUCCGCCUCCACUUCAGGAGCUCGGAGCUGGAGGGCGCCUGCUCCGAGUACGUGGCGCCCCUCAACGCCGUGGACCUGAAACUCUACCACGACCCCGACGUGCUCUUCGGGCCGGGCUGCGUCUACCCGGCCGCCUCGGUGGGGCGCUUCGCCUCGCACUGGCGCCUGCCGCUCAUCACGGCCGGGGCCGUGGCCACGGGCUUCAGCCACAAGCGGGAGCACUACGGCACCACGGUGCGCACCGGGCCCUCCGCGCCCAAGCUGGGCGCCUUCGUCUCGCAGCUCCACGCGCACUUCAACUGGAGCGCCCGCGCCGCGCUGCUCUACGCCGACCACAAGACCGACGACCGGCCCUACUACUUCACCAUCGAGGGCGUGUACCAGGAGCUGCAGGACGCGCUCAACCUCACCGUGCGCUACCACAUCUACGCGCCCGACGAGGGCGGCGCCGACGCGGCCAUGCACUUCCUCCGGGCCAGCGGGCGCGUCAUCUACAUCUGCGGCCCCCUGGAGAUGCUGCACCAGAUUAUGAGGCUGGCCCAGCGGGAGAGCCUGACCAACGGCGACUACGUCUUCUUCUAUGUGGACGUGUUUGGGGAGAGCCUGCGUGCCAGUGCCACCCGCGACGCCUUGAAACCCUGGCAGAACAAACAGAGUCAGGACGUGGGCCUGCGUCAGGCCUUCCAGACGGUGCUGGUGAUCACCUACCACGAACCCCAGAACCCCGAGUACCAGCACUUCCAGACCCAGCUGAUCCUGCGAGCCAAGGAGGAGUUCAAGGUGGAGCUCGGCUACUCGCUGAUGAACCUGGUGGCCGGCUGCUUCUACGACGGUGUGCUGCUCUACGCCAUGGCGCUGAACGAGACGCUGGCCGAGGGCGGCUCCAAGAAGGACGGCACCCGCAUCGUGCAGAAGAUGCGGGACCGGAAGUUCCAGGGGGUCACUGGACUGGUGAGCAUGGACGGCAACAACGACCGGGACACGGACUUCAGUCUGUGGGUGAUGGGCGACCCCGAGAGCGGGGAAUACGAGGUGGCAGGGCACUACGCCGGGGCGGAGAAGAAGCUGAACUGGCUGGGGAGGCCCAUUCGCUGGGUGAAGGGGGCGCCCCCCCUCGACAACCCUCCCUGCGUCUUCGAUGUGGAUGACCCCUCCUGUGAUAAAACCCCACUCUCCACGCUGGCCAUCGUGGCGCUGGGCACCGGCCUCACCCUCGUCAUGUUUGGAAUCUCCAGCUUCCUGAUUUUCAGGAAGCUGAUGCUGGAGAAGGAGCUGGCCAGUAUGCUGUGGCGGAUCCGCUGGGAUGAGCUGCAGUUUGGGAAUGCCGAGCGCUACUACAGGGGGGCAGGCAGCCGGCUCACCCUGUCGCUGCGCGGCUCCAGCUAUGGCUCCCUGAUGACGGCCCACGGCAAGUACCAGAUCUUCGCCAACACUGGCCACUUCAAGGGGAACGUGGUGGCUAUCAAGCAUGUGAAUAAGAAGCGGAUCGAGCUGACGAGGCAGGUGCUCUUCGAACUCAAACACAUGAGGGACAUCCAGUUCAACCACCUGACCAGGUUCAUCGGCGCCUGCAUCGACCCGCCCAACGUCUGCAUCGUGACGGAGUACUGCCCGCGGGGCAGCCUGCAGGACAUCCUGGAGAACGAGAGCAUCAACCUGGACUGGAUGUUCCGCUACUCACUCAUCAACGACAUUGUGAAGGGAAUGGCCUUUCUGCACAACAGCAUCAUUGGGCACCACGGCAGCCUCAAGUCCUCCAACUGCGUGGUGGACAGCCGCUUCGUGCUGAAGAUCACGGACUACGGGCUGGCCAGCUUCCGCUCCAGCUGCGAUGCCGAGGACAGCCAUGCGCUGUAUGCCAAGAAGUUGUGGACGGCCCCCGAGCUGCUGCAGCAGGGGCGCCUGCCCCCCCCGGGGAUGCAGAAGGCGGAUGUGUACAGCUUCAGCAUCAUCCUGCAGGAGAUUGCCCUGCGCAAUGGGCCCUUCUACAUCGAGGGCAUGGACCUGAGCCCCAAGGAGAUUGUGCAGAAGGUGCGGAACAGCCAGAAGCCGUUCUUCCGGCCCUCCAUCGACUUGGGGCUGCACAGUGAGGAGCUGGCCGUGCUGAUGGAGCGCUGCUGGGCGCAGGAGCCCGCCGAGCGCCCCGACUUCAGCCAGCUCAAGAUCUUCAUCCGCAGAUUCAACAAUGAAGGCAGCACCAGCAUCCUGGACAACCUGCUGUCGCGCAUGGAGCAGUACGCCAACAACCUGGAGAAGCUGGUGGAGGAGCGGACGCAGGCCUACCUGGAGGAGAAACGCAAGGCCGAGAACCUGCUCUACCAGAUCCUGCCCCACUCCGUGGCCGAGCAGCUGAAGCGCGGGGAGACGGUGCAGGCCGAGGCCUUCGACAGCGUCACCAUCUACUUCAGCGACAUUGUGGGGUUCACAGCCCUGUCGGCUGAGAGCACCCCCAUGCAGGUGGUGACCCUGCUGAACGAUCUCUACACCUGCUUCGACGCCAUCAUCGAUAACUUCGACGUGUACAAGGUGGAGACGAUUGGAGACGCCUACAUGGUGGUGUCGGGGCUGCCGGUGCGGAACGGGAAACUGCACGCCAAUGAGAUCGUCCGCAUGGCGCUGGCGCUGCUGGAGGCCGUGAAAACCUUCAAAAUCCGGCAUCGGCCCAACGACCAGCUCCGGCUGCGCAUCGGCAUCCACACCGGUCCUGUGUGUGCCGGGGUCGUAGGGCUGAAGAUGCCCCGGUACUGCCUGUUUGGGGACACGGUGAACACUGCCUCGCGCAUGGAGUCCAACGGGCAGGCACUGAAGAUCCACAUCUCGUCCACCACCAAGGAGGUCCUAGAUGAGUUCGGCUGCUUCGAGCUGGAGCUCCGAGGGGACGUGGAAAUGAAGGGGAAAGGGAAGAUGCGGACGUACUGGCUGCUGGGCGAGCGGACAGACGACAGCAUCAUCUGA